GUCGCUGUUUGGAUCUUCUGUAAUUCAAGAACAAGUCGGGUCAAGGAUGAAUCCAAUUUAGUAUCCCGUUGGAGGUGUCUACGAGGAGGGAAGACAGUAUCCCUGUGUAUGUUGGAUUAACCAACAUCCUCCUGCGGUAAAUGGAGCAAAUGAUUUUUGAGUUGAUGGGUUUGUUAGGAGCGAGAUCCACCUCGCCUCCUACCCACCCGUAUGGAGAUGCUGCUGCCCCCCCCCCCCCCACCAACGUUGAGAUCCCGUCUUCUCCCCGGCCUCAUGUGGAUGUUGAGAAUGUGCCUCCUACUCAUGGAGUUGAUGUUAACGCUUUUAUCCAGGACAUUGUAACUCCUACCCACGUCGAGAUCGGACCUUCUCCCCAGUCUCAUGUGGAUGCCGCUACCGCUACUUGUAGCACUAAUAAUAAUAUGAAUGAAGAGAUUAAUAUGAGAGGAGAAUGUGCCAGUAGUUAUUAUUGUGAUAAAUGUGUAUGGAGUGAGAUGGAAUAUUUCAUGACAAAUUCCCAACCUAGUUCAUGUGUUGUUGACGAUUCCCCGUCUUCCCCCAUAAAUUAUCCACCGGCUUCCCCACCAUCAUCCUCCCCAGAAGUUUAUUAUAUAUCAGAUGAAGACGAAGAUGAUCCAGAACAAAAUGCACAGAAUUUCUUCAAGAGAAAAAGAAUUACUCUAUGUUGAUUUUAGUCAAUGAUUUGUAUUUUUUUUUUUUUUGUAUUACCAGAAAUGUAU